AUGGACCAUCUGAACUACCAAGGAAGUGCACCGUCUGCCCCGAACCCGCCACCCUACUCCGAAAAAGAGCCCUACGAUCAGCAACCACCACCUGUUGAUGGGUCAGCGAACUCCACCAUGCCAUCUCGGUACCAGCCUUAUUAUGCCCCGUACAGUGAAGUGCCCGGCCAAGGGCCUGUCAUUCAACCUCCACUGCACACCACCUUCGUUGUCCCUGUACAGCCGACCCAUGAAAAAGUUUACUUGGCAUAUUCCAUCUUCACCAUGCUGUUUUGUUGCCUGCCUCUGGGAAUUGCAGCCCUGGUUUACUCCAUACGGACUCAGGAUGCCAACCGGAUGGGGAACGGCACCGAGGCCCAGCGGAACUCCAGGAUGGCGCGGUCCUUAGCCCACGCGGCACUCAUUAUGGGAAUUGUGUCAGCUAUUGCGUACACUGUUUUGAUUGUGCUCCUCUGA